AUGAUAUGCAACGAGACGUAUAAAUCGACACCGUUUCGGAAUAAACUUACUCGUAGAACGUAUUCGUCAAUACGCUGUUCACGUCAAACUCAACGAACACAAUUAGAAAGUGCAGAGAACACAAUUAGAAGUUUUAAUGAACAACACGAACAAUACUUACGUCAAGGAUGUCAAACAAUAAGUGAAGAGGGUGAUUUAAAUGGUCAAUCUUCCGCGAAUCAAAAUAACGAACGAUGUGGUGCUGAUUCCUGUAUUUUUAUACGAGGACCUACACAGUUACGUGAUUCACGUCGUAAAACAGCAGAACAAUGGCAAAUCAGGAAACAUCCUCUAGUAAAUGAUGAGAAUUGUGUGGAAGAAAUACGGCAUGGUCAGAAAGUUAAAUUUUCACUUGCUGUAAAUAAUAAUAAGUCAUUUCUUCGAAAUCUGAACAACAUUGUAGAAAAUAAAGAAAGUGUCCAGAUUUCUACAACCAAACAUCUUGAAUAUUCUCGAACUCAUCUUUUACCGUCACUUUUUUCAUCAUCCAUCAUCGGUCCGAAAUCAAAAAGUUGCAAUUCUGAAUCAAAUUUCGAAUUUUUAUACCAUUCCGAUUCAUCUUACCCGAUUAAUUCUUAUAUUAUAUCGAAGAAAUUGCAUUUAAAAUCUGCUGGACUGCAUGAAAUUCAUAUAAAUAGAUCUAUGCAAAAUCAAAUUCCUUUGAAUGAGAAGCAUGAUUAUGCCGAUACUUUAAAAGAAAUAAAUCGUUGCCGUAACGUAGCUUUGCGGAAAAAGAAAAUUUUUGGUAAUAAUAUUACUUCAAACAAUGAAAUAAGCAGUCAACAACGGACUGUUUCAUUUUCCAAUUUGCAGAAAGAAUUGUUAUAUGGUUUAUAUGCAUGUUAUAACUUGAAUGAAAGAAAAUAA